AUGCCACUCAUAGUGCAGCGCACGUACAAGCUGGGCGUUGGCAGCGCCACCGACGCAGACGCGCCCGCAUCGCCUGCGUCGCCGCCGGUGGGGCCCAGUGCGCCGGAGGAGCAUGUGACGACGCGCAUAUGCCACCGCUGGAGCUACGUCGACGCGUCGCGUCACGAGACGUGCAUUGUCACGCUGCAGGCGCACUAUUCUCUGCACGUAGAUGUCAAGGGCGAGGGCAGCACCGCUGCGACGUCAUCGCUACAGCAGGCGGGUAUUUACCCGGAAGGGCCCAGCAGCGACGACGGGCUCUGCGGAUUCGCGUGGGAGUUCAUCUGGAUUCCAAACCCGUGUCCGUCGUCUGAAGCAGCAGGCGCGGCGGCGGCAGUGACUUCAUCGAGCGGCGUCAUCAACGACGAGGCGGACCUGGAGGCACAGCAGCCAGCGCGAGCUCGCUUCUUCUUCCAUCGCACAACGUCGCUCGCGCGGUCGACGCUGCAAGGCACCGGCGGCGUUUUCUUCUUGAGCAGCCGGCACGUCCUGGUAGCCACGGAGGCCCCGGAUGCAGCGGGUGCGGCCACAGGACCAGCAGCCACGUCGAGAGGUGCCCCAAACCAUCAGCUCUGUGAUGCCGAUCACUACGGUUUGAUGGACAGUUUUGUGCUGAGCAGCGGCGAUGCUGCUGCUGCGAGGUCUGCUUCUCGCGCGUGUUCAUGGGUUCGUGUCGCGGCAUCGGUAUCACUGCCUUGUUCGUUCGCCUCCUCACAGGCACCUCGUCAUACCGGUGCCACCUCGGCUCCCCCAUCGUGGCCUUCGACGGUGCUGCUGCUCGUCGCCGGAGUCCCACUGCGGCCUCCGCACCACACCUCUGCUGCCACUGCGGCAGUACCACUCGUGCGCCUGGUUUACGUCUUUGCCGUCCUCGGCAGCUCGACAGGCGGCGGCAGCUCCGGCAGUGCCGAUCCGGAGCAUCGAGAGUGGGACGUGAUGGCAUGUGUGGCGGAUCUCUGUAGCAGCGACGCCUCUGCCGACGAUCCAAACUCAUUGCAAGUUCGAGUACGGCACGCCGUGACGCUCCCGCUGCUCCGCCUAAGUGUGCACAAGGUAUCAACGGAGGACGGCGUCCACCGCGGCGGCGGUGGCACCGGCUGGGGACACGCACGCAACGGCGCUGGUGGAGCGAACCGCGCGCAGUCGACGUCCUCUCAGCAGCAGCAGUCGCUGGACCCGCAUGAUCUUCUUUGGGCCUUUGUGGAGGAUAAGGAUACCCGCACAGUACACCCGCUCCGUGAUGGACAGCUGUGCGGCAGCCUUGUGGCGCUGCUGCCCUGUUGCUGCGCCCCUGCCCGUACCUUAGUAGCGCCGCCCUUGCCUGCUGCGGCUUCGUCGCCGGUCGCCAACUCUGCGCCGUCGCCGCCGGCCGUUCUCUGCAUGGGCUUCAGGGGCGACACUCCGUACGGUGUGCUGGGGGUGUCUAGUGCCGAGCUGGACUCGUACGCAAAGGCGAAUCAGCAGCGGCAGCAGCAUCCAGGACGGGCCCCGCACUCAUCGGUGCAGGAGAUCAUCGAGCAGCUGUUGCCGUCACCAGAGCGUGCCGUGUACGAGCUUGCGGUAGGGGGCCUGACCAAGUGUAUUUGCCCGGCAGCCACCGUCGCAUCGCGAGCGGCACCAACGCCCAUGACGGCGCUCCCCGCGCAUACAAGCCUCCUCAUGCUCAUCGUGGACGGCAUACACACGCGCGGCAGCCGCAACAGCGCUGCGCAAGAAGUGGACGCAUCACGGGUCGUCGCGGCGCCGGCGGCCGCGCUGCCUCAAGGCCUUUACCUCACGGAGACGGUGUCUUAUGAUGCCUUGGCGCAGCUGGCGAGCUCUGGAAGACCGGAGGAGGCGGUAGAGGGGCAGAAUUCAAGGGUGCGUGUCCACCACGUGCCACCCACCAGAACUCUAUGGCGCGGGCUGGACCCGCUCGUGCUGUCAGUGCCGCCGGUGCCAACGAGCGCUGCGGAUAUCAUGGAUGGUGAAUGGGGCGACGAGGAUAGCACAACGCAGGAGAUGGCGCAGGCGGCCCAUCGCGACGUGCUCGCCUGGGACAUUGCUGACGUGGGUCGCUGGAUGGAGUGGUUGUCAGAGACGGCGGGCGGUAGCGCAGAUGGCGUGUACGGGAAGGAUCAUCACACAGCCCUCAUGGUAGGUGAGAGCGCUGCCGAGGCGGAGGGCGCCGCCGCAUCCGCCUCGCCCUCCUCCAUGGCAACAGUGACGGCGGUGACGUCGCGUACGUGCGCAUCCUCCUCGACGACGACCGCCGCUUCCGUUGUCCGCGGCUUCCCCUGCUUCAACGAACUCACCCACGAGCUCACGAUGCUGUGGUACUGCUGCAACGGCGCCGCAGAUCACAGCAGCGAGGAAGAGGAUCCAGCAGCCACCGAGCGGGCUGUCGCGCUUGUCCGGCCGCCCUUGUGGGCGCCGCGAACAGCAGCGAGCUCGCACGAGGAAUGGGAGGCGCAUGUGGCGGAGUGGGUGGCAGCGGAACAGGUGCGGAGACGCCUCCAUUCGUCCACCACGCCGCCAAGCGACGGCUGCGUCGCCGCCGCCACGUACCGGGCCAUGCGGGUGCUCUGGGCCUUCGCUGUCCUGCAUGCGCCGAGACCGGCUUUGCCGCAGUGGCCAGGUGCGCUCAUGGAAGUGCUGCGCAGCACCGCCGCGGACGCCGCGGAGCAUCAGACGUGUCUCUACCUCUAUGCGCGCGCGGUACAGACCUUUACGAUAGCGCGCCUCGCGUCGAGCUACGGCGACGACACAGCCAAGCUGGAGACGGAGGUGCGCCACAUGCGUCGAGCGGCGGCGGUCUUUCUCCGGCUGGUACUGCGCACCCUCGCGGCGUUGGACUGGUGCACAGGGGACGUGGUAGGGUGGAUGUGCUGCCAAUGGAUGGUGCGGUGGUUCCUCGGCACUGGCGCCGGCGCUACUGCGGCAGGGGUCACACGCUCCCCGUCUCCCACCGCCACCGCCGCCUCCGUCGUGCAGGAACAGGCCGCUGCAGUGGAGGGGCGAGCGAUGCAAGUGCUUCUGCAGCUUGGCGCAGCGGCACGUGAGCCAGUGAGGAUCGAAGCGGCGUCCUCAUCGACGUCAUCGCCGCAGCGACCCCUGGACUGGCUACGGCGUGCGCUUCUUCUUUUCGCCUCGAGGAACAGGCAGCUGCCGCUGGAACUCACAGUCGAGGACAUCCUGGAGGCCUCAGGGAUAUUGCUGCAGCCGGAAACGACGCCGGAGGCAACACAGGCCACUGUCGCCAGUGGUUGGAGUGAGGCAAGUGACGAGGAGACCACCGCUGACGUGGCGCCUCCGUGGCCGACGCCCGACACAGCGGAGCUGCGCGAGUCGAUGGAGUACGCGCUGCUACGCCUGGCGAAGCCAAAGGAGCUGUAUCGCGUAGUACAUCACCUUGCACACGUCUCCCCCGCCACGUACCUGGAGAGGAGCUCCGCCUCCACGAGGGCUACACGCAGUCGAAGGCUUCGCGGGCUGCAGCGGCUCGUUGUGCGCGGUGUGCUCACGGUGGCAGACCUGCACACGCUUGUGUGCGCCGGCUGGGCAUCGGGGCGUCCUCACGACGCCGCCCCGCCUGGUGGCUUCACGUUCGUGUGCUGCAUCGUAGACGUUGCCAUGGCGUUCACAUCAAUGGUCUCGCCGGCCGCGGCCGGCACCAUGGAAAUUGCGGAGGCGUACGAGCGGCUUGUCAUUGCGGAACUGGAUACCUGGGGAGUACCCGGCGGCUAUGAAGACGGAGGGCAAGCGCAGGGGGCGAGUCGUGCACGGCCAGAAGCGGCCAACGCUACGGAUCGGCUACCGGUCUACCCGCUGCUCAACACCCCCGAACUCGACGGCUUCGCGACCGCAGCAGCGACGACGGCGGUGCCGACUCCGUUUCCUUUUACGCUUCUCGCGCCGCUCCUCACUGUGUACUUGUGGUACCACGUGACGCACCGUCUCUGUGCAGCGCUGCAGCUGCUUCCACCAGCGACAUCGGAGGCCGCAGCAGCGAUACAGCCGGAGAAGACACCAGACAUCGAUAUCGCCGACGAGCAGCAGCAUGUGCCGUGGAUGCGGUGUGUCAGACUGCAAGACGGUGAUCACCUGCAGGCGCUUCACCGCGGCGUGUGUGUGCUGCGGUGCCUCACUCAGGAGGACGCGACCGCCGCCGAGGAGCUCUUUGCCGCCAUGCGCCUCGUGUACAGCGGACCGCAGCGAGACUCCCGCGACCAGCGUGCACGCCGGCAGGGCGAGCACGCGGGAAUGGCAAAGGUGAUGAGUUCAGCUGUGGCCGCGGGUGGUGAUGCAGCGGCGGCGACGGCCAGCGCCGUCGGCGGUUCGUGGGUGUCGCAGUAUCUGAUCGCCUGGCAUCAUCUUCUCCCGUUGGAGGCGCCGCCGCUGUGUUCAGCAGGUGCCCUGCUCGCCUAUCAGGAGCGCUGCUGCCACGCCGCUGCGCCCACAGCACCGCAUAUCGGAGACGUCAUGCGCGUCUUGCACCUCGUGUACGCAAGCGCGGGCAGUGGACGUGUACUCCGCGCACAGGUCUCGCGGGCGAUGGGCUUGCAGCAGCAGGUAAGGAGGGUGGCGGCGGCGGCAGAGGGGUACGCUCACUCCUACACGGCCUUCACGCGUGCUCUGCAGAGCUGGCGAACGAUCGCCCAGAAGCAGCAUCACCACAGUGCUGCGAAACCGAGCGCGGCCACGUCAACGAUGCGCAGCGGAGGUGUCGCCGCGGCAGACGCGAUUGCCGCGUGGCUGGUGCAGAUUUGGGCCAACGUCUUGCUGUGCGACUCAGAUGCGGUCACCGACGUUGGCAUGUACGAACAUCUCUUCACUGCCCUGGCGCACGCGAAGCAGCAAGGAGAGCAGAUGAGCACCACGGCCGCCGCCGCCGCCGCUGACGUGGCCUUUGCCCUCCUUAGGCCCUGCCUGCUGUACGCCCUGCCGGCUCUUGAGCAGCUCGCUGUGGAAGAGGAGCUGGUGAGCAAUAACGGUCACAGUAGCCGCACCCCAACGCCAGCCCCAUCGUACCCGCAGCACAACGAGCCGCUAACGUGGAGCGCGAGCGGCACGUCGCCGAACGGGGAAGAGGGGCCCCUUCACAGGCGUGCGCCGGAGCGGCUGUGCGCCGGCGAAGUGUAUGAGCGCGUGCGUCGGCAGCUGCGGCGCCUCGUCGAUCUAUACGACGUGCCUCCGUCAGCCUCACCGAGCACCUCACCCGCGCGGCGCGGCGAUGUUCGCUUCAGUACCUUGGCGCAGCUGAUGCCGUUGCAGCCGACGGCGUGGAACCUGGCAGCGGCGCAGCGGCGCGUCGCGCUGCGCAGCGUAAAGCAAAGCGCGGCACAACGCGGCACGGAUGGGGGCGACGAGUCUGGACAGCCAUCAGCGUCGAGGUCACUCGCCGCAGCAGCAGCCUCCUCCGGCCGCAGUCCCAGAGACAGCAGCAGUAGUAGCAGCAGCAGCGCCGCUUCCUUCGGCGAUGGCAAGGAAUCGACGCUGGAGCUGCGCACCUUUUUUCUCUCCCCUGCAGCCACGUACGUUGCAGCCGCGGCAGGCGUCGCCAUGCGCCACACCAUGCGUUACACAAGUGCCGGACAGGAUGAGAGCAGCCGUAAUUUCCCGCUGUGGCAGUCACCGUCCGCGGCGUCGCCGCUGCCCAUUGGCUGGCUACUCGUGGCGUGCGAAGUCCUUCGCCGCGAGUUGCGCUGCUACAUCCUGGCAGAGCUUCGGAUGAACGGCUACGUAGAGGAGUCAGCGGCUAUGCACGCGGCAGAGGCGGGCAUCGGGGACACUCCAGGCUGUACUGCUGCCGAGGCGACCCCGCACCUCCCCCGUCCUCCGGUGCCGUGCUGGCGCCUCGUCACCUCCGAGGCGCAACUGAAGGCCUUCAUCAACGCGCUGGCAGACGCUGUGGAGCCGCUCACCGGUGCUCUUGUGCGGGCGAUGUCCUUCGAAGUCCUCCAACCGCUCGUGCUGCUGCUCGUCCUUGACGUCCUUCACGUGCUUCUGUAUAACAACACGCACACGCACGACGUGGAGGACGCGGCGGACGGAACGACACAGCGCGGUCCAGCCGCCACGCAAACAUCGACCUCCGCGGUCAUGUGCGCAGACGCCUCCAUUCUGCGCCUGCUUCGGCAGUGGAUCCGCGGCGUCGCGGUGCCGCUCUACCAAAAUGUGGAGAAUUCUGGAACAAAAGCGGUGCUGGAAAUCAUCACGGACAGCUUCGCGCGCGAAUACCUGACGCCGCCCCGCGGCGAGGGGGCAACACCGUCGCCGGGCAACACCGCCCCAGUGUCAAGGAGUUACCUCGAGUCCGAUGCGCAUGUCGAAUGGCGUCAGUGGCGUAACGGGGCGGCGGCACGCAACGUGAACGGGAAAGGGGUUGUGAUGCUCGAGUGUCUAAGUGCGUGCGUGGCGGCGGGCCACCAGCAGUUGGUGCGCAUGGCUCUGCCGACGCCGAGUGACGACGAAGAACCACAACAGGCAGUGUCUGCGGUGCCGCCGACCGGUCCCGGAGCAAAGGUCGCCGGCAGCCGCGCUGUGGACGCAGCAGCGGCCAUCGGAUCUACCUGGUUAGACGUCGGAAGUGCACUGCGUACCUCCCUCUUCAGCACCCUUGGCGCGAGAGUGGCCCCCCGCGCCGCGUAUCAGCGCCAGCAGCAACGUGCACAGACAUCCUCGCUCUCGGCGUCUCUGUCGCGCGGGGAAGUGCGGCCCGCCUCCGCAUCGACGGCCGAAGCCCCACUGCUUUUUCCCACGCCCCAGCCGCUAGCAGCGCCAACGAUAAUCCCUGGCGACGGCGGCGGCGGCAGCAGCGGCAGAAUCUUUGGCUUGGCGGUAGGCGGCACCGAUGAGCUGCACCUGCUCUGUAAAGAGGAGGCUUUCAAGCGACGCCAGUGUGGCGAGCAGCUCCUGCGUGAGCAGAGGCAGCUCUUCGCCUCUCCCACCUUUCACGGCAGUCUUCUCCAGCUGUAUGCGGCACUGCGGACCGAAAAACGUCGGAAAGAGCUGGUGGCCUUUGCGCUCGAUCAGCACGACCUCAUAUUCACGCUGACCCAUCGAGAGCAGCAGCUUCGCCUCGAUGAGGCGCGCGGGGCGCUGCGCCGCUCCUGGUGUGAGUGGGGAGAGCGGCAGCAGCUGGCGGUGCGGCGGCUGCUGCAGGAAGAGCGUGACGCUCGUAUGGGGGUGCAGGCCAUCGGCUACGCUGCCUGGUCUCUCCUGCUCGGUGCGGAGCGACUAGAGCGGCGUGUGUGGGUCCUGUACGAAGAGGGCCGUGCGGGCGUCAUGGCGCUCGAGGAUGACGCGCGAGAUGAGCUAGCGGUGGCUGCGGCUCGCGCGCACCUGGAACUUACGAAGCUUGCCGCGGAGGCUGAGGAAGAAGCAUACUGGCAAGCAGAAGAUGCAGCCUGGGCACGCGUGCAAGAGGAAGAGCAGCAGGAGACGAGCAGGCACCAAAACCGAUCGCUGCCCGCGGUGCAGAGGCAGGGGAGCCGCAUGUCGUCCCUCUCGUGUGCACCGUCAUCCUCCUCUGUAGACUCGCCGUCGAACCCGUCGGCGAAUCCCACCACCGCAGCCGUGGCAGUGGCGCGCCCAAGAGUCAUCCGUGGGGACGACGCACGAGUCGUCGGUGACGACAGCCGCCCUGCAGCGCGAGAGCACGUUCGACAAGGCGGUCGAAAAGGGCAGCGCGGCGGCGCUGCUGCCGUGGUUGCCCUCCACUCCUCACGCAGCGUUGUUGGCCUGCGAGAGGCAGGCGAUGCAGUCGCACCAGCGUCGGCGAGGGCGGGUGCCACGGCGAUCACGUCAGCGAUGGCUGAGCAGCACCAGCAGCAGGUGCCACCCCACAGCGCUUCGCUGGCGGCCCACUCGACGCACUCCGAGGACGAGGAGGACGUGGUGCCGGGUUGGGGCGGCGGCCUGGCUCAGGCCGCAGUGCAGUCGGCCAUCAGCGGCGCCGGCGGUUUCUUCAGCACCCUGUCGCACUGGCAAACGGCGCUGCGCGACACCGUCGCGCCUCCUCCGCCCGUACGCGGCAGGGGGAGGGCUGCGGAUAGGCAAGCAGCGGUUUCAGACGCACCUAGAGGCAGCACAGCUGGGCAGCUAUCAGUCGUUGUCGGCAUUGCCAAGGAGGCUGCUCCACCAGCACCCGUCGCUGUGCCGGACCCGACGAGGAGCCGUGCGGCGCAAGCCGACGACUGGGGCUGGAGCUCCAACUCGGAUAAGGACACAUCACCCAUCGAGGCUAAACCCCCUGAGUCGACGGCUGAGGAAAACGAGUCGCGCGCCGCUACGGUGGUGCCUCUGCCCUCCUGCAGCAUCGUACCUCUACGGAAAGCCUCUGCAGGCGGUGAGACGUCGGUGGCGGCGGCACCAGCACCGAAGCAACGCCCUCAGCAGGAUGCAACAGCAGCGGCUGCGGCAGCAAGGCCGCCUCGAAAGAAGAAGGGGUUCGCCGCCGCUGCCGUUCUCGUCGAGCCUGUCUCCUCCGCCUCCGCUCACGUCGCACCCCUAGCGUCAUCUCUACUGCUGCCGCCGCAGCGGUCGGUGAAGCAGCUCCGUGGACAGCAGCAGCAGCGCCAUGCCUUUUCUCCGGAGGAUCCGGCCACGCCGACCCCAGUGCGCAACAUCCUCUCGGCAAUCGAAGCGGCAGCCACGGAGAUGAUUUCAGAGCCCAAAGGAGCGCCGUCACCUGCAACACAACCGGAGCACGCACCACAGCGAUCACAACCGCAAGGCUUUCCAGCGUUGCGUGCCGUGCGCACUGGCUGGAGUGAGUCGUCAUCCGCCAACAGCAGCAGCCGUCACGGCGUCCCCUCUCCAUUGGGUGGGCCAGACACACUUCCUUCAACCGCCACCGUGGCGCUGGACACGAAUGAAGGCGUCAAGGCUCGGGUGGGGAUAGAGACGCAGUCUGACUCCGCUGCUGUCGGCCAGGAGCUUGAUGCCGGGCGAGCAGAGAACGUGGAGAGCGGGGCCGCUGCCGUGGACGACAGGGGGGAGGACUGGGGAUGGCGUGAUGACGAUGACGAUGCGGAAAUGAUGCCCGGAGCUCGCAUCCACAGCGUGCAACCUGCGGUGGGAGUCGGCAAAGCAGCAGCAGACAUGGCCCAUGACGCAUCUUCGCCGCCAACCUCAUCCGCGCCGAGUGCGGAUGGGGCACGCGAGCAUCAGGAGUGGCGCAGUCGCGUGCUUGGCGCAGAGCCCUCGCCUUUGCCGGCAACGUUCACGAACCAGGAGACGCGGCCGCCGAUGGCGGGGGUGGAAGGCGAUGGAUGGGGGUGGAGCGACGAUGACGUUCACAUGGACGUAGCCACCGAGGAGACACACAAACCGUCCCCGCCUCCACGCACCGGCGGCGACGUCAUUGCGACGGCCGCAACAGCGUCACCACCGUCCACACAUCUCUCCAACGUUACCAAGAAGGUUGCCAAGGACGGGUGGUCGGGUGACGACGACUCUUUCGGCAGCGACGUUGCCGUCGGGGUGGGCGCCAUAGCGCUGAGUGGCGCACCGUCAGGCCUUUCGGGCUCCGCUGCAGAACCCGCAACGAGAUUCACAAUGCUCGCAGACUUGCAGGAGAUGUACGCGGCGGAGCUGGAGAUGCGUGCGCAGUUGGUGCAGCUCCUGUGA